UGGUGAUCAGGUUCUCUUUUAAACUAGAACCUAGAAUGUAUUCGGAAUAAGUCAUUUCUUUGCCAUGCCUAGUCAGAGUUAGUAUGUUCAAAAGGACAACUCAGCAGAAAUAAAGGAAAGAAGAAAGUCAGGGGGAGGGACAGAUGAAGAGGUGAGAGGAGACCGAGAAGAAGAGAGUGAUGCAUAGAAUGGUCCGCGAUAUUUAUGACAAACAGUCAAGCUGAAGUAGAGCAACAACGUAUGGUUCUGAAUUGACCUAGAAAGAACAAUAGUUUUGGUACUUUUUCAUAUGUAAUUGCCUGUGCCUUCUUGUUCACACUAAUGACGAAUGGACGAUGACCUAACGAUUUUGACUGACAUUUGGGAUUCUGUUCAAAUUUUUUUCUUCUGUCCAAAUUGAAAUUCACAUUGGACCACCAGGCUGGAAAAAACGGAAAUUUAGACAGUUCCCAGCUUUGAAAUCAGAAGCUGUUUUAAUGGAAACUCACUGUGAUGAUGACACCGAAUAACAUCCUUAAUAAGAGAUCCAGAAGCAAUCAGAAAUGGUGACAGACACUCCUACAGGCCUGUCUGAAACAGGACAAGGCGCUGACACCCUUUUCCUCUAUUCAACUAAUUUUUCUAAUGCUGCUUCCUGUAACAUUGAUGAGUCCUACAAGUACAUCUUCCUUCCUAUCUGUUAUUCCUUCACAUUUGUCUUUAGCAUCAGCCUCAAUUCUGUGGUGCUCUAUCGCUCUUUUCGCCGUACCAAGCACUGGAAUGUGUCCCUAAUUUAUAUGGUAAACUUAGCUACUACAGACUUCAUGUAUGGUCUCUCUUUGCCAUUCCUGGUGGCCAGUUACAUCCUGCAUGACAACUGGGUCUUUGGAGAUUUCAUGUGUCGCUUAGUGCGCUUCCUGUUCUACUUCAACCUUUAUUGUAGCAUUUUUUUCCUCACCUGUAUCUCUGUGCAUCGCUACCUGGGCAUCUGUCAUCCCAUGAGAACCAUCACUCUAGAGACCAAACGGGCUGUAAAAGGCACUUGCAUUUUGGUAUGGCUUGCUGUCUUUGCACUCACAUGCCCAAUUUUUAGAUUUGCACAAACAGAGCUUCUUCCUCGUCACAAGGAUGGUGGACCAUUAGCGGUACAUGAAAUGAAUAGUGAUACACAUAAGUCCAAUACAACUCCAAGUGCGGAGAUGUUCCAUAACUGCUGGGAUGAUGCUAUUGAUAAGGAGUUCCAGGACUAUGUUCCUUAUGGAAUAACCCUCCAUCUCUUGGGGUUCUUUGUGCCAUUUAGCAUUAUUGCCUGGUGUUACUCACGUGUAGUUAUGACUAUAUUUCGAACACUUCAUUCCCAACCUCCUUCUAAUGGACUAAGGAAAAGACAAGGAAGCAGGGCAGGGACAGGAGGAGAAGGCAUGUCCAUUAUUCUCGGGGCUCAUUCCCCAUAUGUAAACAGGCGUCGCAAGUCCAUCAAAACCAUCAUAACCAUUACUCUCCUCUUUGCUCUCUGUUUCUUCCCCUUUCAUGUUACCCGCACUAUUUUUUUGGUGCUGAAAGUGACCAGCAGGGUGCACUGCCAUACAAUGCGGAUGGUCUCCAUUUGUUACAAAAUUACUCGGCCACUAGCAUCCUUCAAUGCUUGGCUUAAUGCCUUGCUCUAUUUCCUCACCAAAGAAAAAAGUGGACCCUGCUGCAACAAACCACCACCUUCCCACCAUGGGCUCUUUUGGCCUUUACGGAUGCUGGGAAAAGGUGGGAAUGAGGAGGAGGAAGCUGAAGAGGCAGUGAAUCAUAAAAACAAUGAACUCAAGGCAGAAAACAGCAUAUUCACAGACUUACCUUGAGACAAAAUCUAAAAAUAUGUAAAAUGUAUUUGGAAUGUUAUUAAUAUAAUUUACCUGUCUGUACAGGCAAAUGUACUGGGGAAAUCUUAAAACUGAUAUGUAUACUUUUAUUUCCCUGUGCAUUCAUAUAAAAGGGAGGAUUUUUCAAUUGGUAAACUAAUAAUGUUAGACUAAAUUGUUAUCAGAUUGCAAUUAUACAAUUUUAUUAAUGUGAUUCAGUAAUAUAUUAAAUAUGAUCUGACUUUAUGCCCAAAUUACUUGCCAUAAUGCUACCAGCUGCUGGGACACAAAAUAUAACUUCAUGAGGACAUGCUUACCUCAA